AUGGAUAGUAAUAAAAAGGCAGCGAAUAUAGUGACGAUUGGAGGACGAAGGUAUGUUAAGAACAACAUGAAUGGCAAUACAGAAGGCAAUGCAAAGUUGAAGUUGGGCGAGGCAUUGAAACAGCUUGGAAGGAAUGUUAGGAAAUCAAAGAUAAACUAUUGUGUAUUGAAUAAAGGAGAAGAUAUGGAUAUAUAUGAAUCGAGUGAUUCUCAGAUGAUUUUUGCUAAGAAUCGAACACCUGUUGGUGUUAUUAUUUCAGGAAAGAAGAGCAAGUUUGAUAGCAAUGAUAUCAAGAAUAUGGCUGGAGGCCAGAGCAGUAUGCAAGAUGGAUCUGUUGGAAAAGAGCAAAAGAUUUCAGGUGAUGGCGAAAACAAUUAA